UGCGCAAUGAAGUACCCCUGUACUGGUCUAUACGGAUCGAACCUCUAGUCGGGGCCAGAAGACGGCAGAGCAAAGAUGUCUCAUUUCGCCAUGACUGCCACCGCGAUCUUAGUGCUGGGCUGUCUCUCCGGCGCCCACGCCUGGGGUGGCCUCUUCAACCGUUUCAGCUCCGAUAUGCUGGCCAAUCUUGGCUACGGAAGGUCCCCGUAUCGCCACUAUCCUUACGGGCAGGUGGAACCUGACGAAGCGUACGAGGCCCUGGAAAACAACCGCAUCUCGAACGUGAUUGAUGAACCAGCACACUGCUAUAGCUCCCCGUGUGUGACCAACGGCGAUUGCUGCGGCGGACUUCUGUGUCUGGAGACCGAUGACGGAGGACGGUGCCUAUCAGCGUUUGCUGGAAGGAAGCUUGGCGAGAUCUGCAACCGAGAGAACCAAUGCGAUGCCGGACUGAUCUGCGAGGAAGCUGCUCCUGGUGAGAUGCACAUCUGCCGCCCGCCUUCCACCGGCCGCAAGCAAUACAACGAGGACUGCACCACGUCCAGCGAAUGCGAGAUCACCAGGGGACUCUGCUGCAUCAUGCAACGCCGACACCGCCAGAAGUCUAGGAAGAGCUGUGGAUACUUCAAGGAGCCCCUGGUCUGCAUCGGCCCGGUGGCCAUCGACCAGAUCCGCGAGUACGUGGAGCACACGACCGGCGAAAAGCGCAUCGGAGCUUACCGCCUCCAUUAGAAGCUUCAAACGCCGCGCCACCAAAAAUACCGUAUCGCAUUUAUUUUUUUCGAAAUAGAAGAUUCUCGAUUGAACAUCUGCGCGCCGGGAUCUGAUUGUGCGUUCAUUGGCAGCUUUUUUUUUAAUUCGUAAUCCACAAUAGCUGCGUAUUUUGUGGAUGCACGAUAAAAGGAAAUAAUUCUAGAAGGUUAUUUCUUUUAAUGAAAAAAAAAGAAUGUCGGUAAACGGACAGAGUUUUGUUUUUAAAUAAAUAAACAAUUAAAAACUUUUUGGAUUACACUGUUUUUUUUUUUAUAAAUCUUCAUGAAAUUCUUUCCAAGGAGCCAGGUUUCCAACUAACGUAUCAAUUCUUCCACAAAAAAAAAAAAGUGUAAUCCAAAGAAAAAAAACUGGAAUGGUUAAAAAAAAUUAACGAAAACGCUCUGAAAAACGGCCAACCGAUCACGUAUGUCUACUUAUUUGAUUUAAAAAUAGGUUAUAAAGAUUUAAAUUUAAAAUAAUAAGAAAAACAAAAAAAACAAAAAAAAAAAAAAUCAAAUUCCAAACUUAAGUUUAAAAAAUUCUAUCCGUGUAGUCUUAGAAACGAUUUAAUUUACAAAAAAAAAAAAAAGCAUUAUAUAAAAUUUAUCGAUACUUAUGAGAAUGUUAUUAAAAAAAAAAUUUAAGAAUUUUCGUGUCAUAAUUAUUAAUAUUAAUAACAAAAAAAAAAAAAGUUAUCUACUACAUGUGUGUUAUAAAUGUAAGUUUUUCGAUUUAAAUAAAUCUUUUAAAUGGCAGAGGCAUUCGUGGUAUAUAAAUAAAAAAUAUAUGAUUGAUGUUAAAAUACAUAUCAUUAUUAGUAUAAGGUUAUAAAUAUAUAUAUAUUUAGUGGAAAAAGCUUUUUCCUUAUAGCGCCCUUGAAUAAUUUAGGUGCCCAGUAAUACAUAUCAUAGCAAUACACAUAUCAAAAAGAUAUUAAGCAGAGUUAAGUCUUAUUCUAGCCUAAGCCCACUGUGAUUAUUAAUAUUUUCUGAAAAAUAUAAAAAUUCAAGAUUAUAUCAAAACAGAUAUUUAAUAUAAAGAAAGAAAGAAAAAAAAAACGUUUUUAUUCCUUCCGACUUCUGUUUUAUUCCAUCCGACCUUUUAUUCCCUUCGACUUUUUAUUCCGGACGGCCUAAGGAAUAAAAGUUAUGCUUUGUAGGUUUUUCCGGUUACUUAUUGUUAAUUAAGUGGUUGAUGUAAUACUUAUAUGUAAUAAUUAUAUUGUGUGUUAUAAUUAUAUAAAGUAUGUCAGCA